UCAACGUUUCACGCGUCAUGAAAACGAGACCGCAGGAAUUUGAAUCAUCGUGACGUGAGGGGGAUUGGCUCGGCGAAAGAUAAGCGCAUUAAACGUUUACCGGCGUUUUGGAAAGAAUCUCUACGAGAAAAAGAUAUUGCGGAACAACAUGGCUUGGGUGCCGUUGGAAUCAAAUCCGGAGGUUAUGACAAAGUUUCUCCACAAGUUGGGUGUCCCAAAGAAAUGGUCGGUUUUGGAUGUGUACAGUUUAGAGCCAGAGAUGCUGGCUAUUGUCUCUAGGCCUGUACUUGCGGUCAUUCUACUUUAUCCCGUUCCUUCAAAGACUGAGAAGACUGAAGAAGACAAAGAAGAAGAAAAAGAUAGCACCCCUGAUUCUGUUUACCACAUGAAGCAAAGUAUUUCAAAUGCUUGUGGGACCAUUGCGUUGAUUCACAGCGUGGCGAAUAACUUAGACACCAUACAGCUGGAGGAUGGAUUUCUCAAAAAGUUUUUAGAUGAAACCAAAGGACUCUCGUAUCUUGAGCGUGGCGAGCGUUUGAUGAAAACUCAAGAUAUUAUUGAUACUCACAUGGAAUCUGCCCAGGAAGGACAGACCGAGGCGCCUACUGAAGAUGUAGAAGUAUAUCAUCAUUUUGUGGCAUUCAUACAUAAGGAUGGAUCCUUAUACGAGCUAGACGGUCGAAAGCCUGCCCCUAUCAAUCACGGCUCAACUACGCCAGAGACUCUCCUUGACGAUGCAGCUCGCGUGUGCAAGGAAACGUACAUCGAUCGCGAUCCUAACGAAGUGCGUUUCACGGUGGUCGCACUUGCUGCCAACGAGUAAACUGCGUCCACAUCCUCAAGUGCAUUCGCCUUUAAGCUAAUUUAAGCUCAAAUAAUUUAUUUUUUACGUUGUACAAUGUUGCAUAUAUUUCGCUUCGGCAAUGACAUAUCUUGUCAAUUUUUUUUUUAAUUGCCAGCUUUUUUAACACUGUGUAGCAUGUUAAUGAAAAAAAUUUAUAUACACAGUUGUAUAUUGCACUGUUUUGCUUUUAUUGAAAAAGAAAAAGAAAAAAAAUCCUUACCACAGAUCACUGAAUUUUCAUACAGUUAUGCACACGGAGAUUGUAGCAGGUUAAUAAUACUGAAAGUGAUGUAUGUAACUAUUUUUAACUGUCAAAAAAAAAA